AUGGGAUUACCUCAAGUUUCGCCUGGAGAAACAUCUGAGGAGGCUACUAGACCUCUAAGACCAUAUUCUUAUAAUGUGAGUGGCACCCGAACUUGCGAUUCAAAUGAGAUGUGUCAGGGAGCUGCGACCCAAGCAUGUGGUUAUCCUAGAUGUCGUUCAUUGGGAGAUCUUCAAUUGAAAUCCUCCCUUGGGUUCUCUGAGUCUCCCGAUGCCUUCCAGAAAAAUGUUUUGGACGUUACACCGAAAGUUGUCGUGCCAAAAGUAUCUUCGGAAGGAAAUUUCGGCUCAUCAACUCAUGAAACCAGGAGGAAUGUUCACACUCCAGUCUCUAGGAUUGUUGGUUUCAGUUAUGAUAAUGCAAAUGUCUUGUCCGACGGAUUAGAUGGCGGGUUGAGGCAUCAUUCUCCUUCUUCUUCUUCUUCGGGCAAUAUCACCCUCGAAAGACCUGAGAUCAGUGGAUCACUUGUGAAGAAGCGAAUGCUGUCGCCUUUGACUAAACUGCUAUUACCAGAAAACUUCAAUGGUGAUGAUUCUCUGGAUAUUGGCAGCAUAAAUUUUUCGAGUAGUUGUCACUCUGUCAGGGAUACAAAUGUUGUUUCUUCGGCACCGGAUAAUAAAAAGCCAUACCUAGAUUUGAAAAAUCACUUGACUAUGCCAUUCUGGUCCGUAAAUUCUCCAGAACCAAAUGACAGGUAUUAUACAUACAGCAAAGGAACCUCAGUUCUAUUUACGGAUGGCCCUGUAUUAGAGGACAAGGAACUAAGGUCAUUUUCGUAUCAACCUUCAUCUAGAAGUAGUCCUUAUGUUGGAUUAUGCAAGGUGGGAAAUCUAUGGCAGGCUAACUCAGUGCCCACUGAAGAACCACUCUCCUCUCCAGUCUCUUUUUCUCCCCUUGGGCCAAAAUUUUCUUUAGAACCCAUUUAUAGGGAGAUGAAUAGUAAGAAGCAGGAGUUUUUUGAACAGACUGCACGUUCUCUUGAUGACAAACUGUUUCCGUCCGAAGAAGAAGAGUCCAGGAAUAAAACAGUGUCAUUUGAGCACCAUACUGGCAUUCAUACUGGCCAAGCCCAAUCUUCACCCUCAGAGACAAAAACUGGAAAAGAAUGGUUUUUCUGUCAGCAUCAUAAUGUUAAAACCCUGAGUAAAAAAUUGAGGGGAUUUCCUCUAAGAAGGUCAUUAAUUGGAUCAUUUGAGGAGUCUCUGUUGUCUGGUCGGCUUUCAUGCGGACGAUUUUGUCAGAAAAUAGAUGGUUUUCUUGCUGUGCUGAGCGUAACUGGAGGCAAUUUUUCUCCAAAGUCACAGAAACUUCCGUUUACGGUGACAAGCGUUGACGGUGACAGCUAUUUGUUAUACUAUGCAUCUAUCGAUCUGUCUGGCAAUUCGCGAUCAAACAAGGUCAGGUCUGAGAGUCAGAGAAAGAAUCUUGACAAUGGCAGCGGUACAAUAAGUGGCAAGGAGAACCGUCUGUGUAUUCCUAUGAAGGGCCGCAUCCAAUUGGUUCUGAGCAAUCCCGAGAGGACACCAGUACAUACCUAUUUCUGUAACUACGAUUUAAGUGAUAUGCCCACUGGAACCAAGACUUUCUUGCGACAAAAGGUGUUUCUAUCUUCCUCAGCCUCGGAUUCCAAAUCCGAAAAGGAAGAACAAAAAAUCUUGAAUAAGAAAGAUGAGGACAAGGCUUCCAUACUCUUAGAAGGGAAACACAAUGAACCAACAGGACAGAUGAUGGAAACUUCAGGGUGUGAUACGUGUCAGAACAGUCGUGUGGAUGCUUUUUCCGAAAUGGAUAGAAAGUCGGAACACAAUUGUUCAAGGGCCAACCGGAGCACGACCAGUGCCGGUGCUCUUCGUUAUGCCCUUCAUUUACGAUUUAUUUGUCCUUUUCCUAAAAAGAGUUUGGUGCCGGAUGGAACGUCGAAAAGUAGUAUAGAUAUUCAAAAACAGCAAAGGAGAUUUUACUUGUAUGAUGAUUUGAGAGUCGUGUUUCCCCAGCGUCAAUCAGAUGCUGAUGAGGGAAAGUCGAACGUUGAGCACCACUUUCCUGAAGAUCCAAAGUACUUUGAUAUCAGCAGCUGA